UGUUACAAUGUUUACUGUUUCCAACAUGAAUGUAUUGUAAUGUGCAGAACAAUGCCGGUCCGGUGGUUAUAGCUUGGAGAACUUUCCAGUUCAUCAGCCCCAUCAUCACCUACAUGCGUGGGGGAUCCCAGCAGGUGGUGGUGAGGAUGCACCACGUGAGUAGGGUGAGAGGCCUGGAGACUCAACUGGUGUGGGCCAUCUCCAAGGAGACAGCCAGGCUUUGCCCAGAGGGCAUCCCCUACUGUGCCACCAAAGUGCAGUCCAUCACUUGGAUCCAGCGUGUGGCUGGCAGGGUGACCCACUAUGCGUCUCACCUCCGCCACGAGACGUCUGUGGACGUGACGCUUGGCUGCUACCAGCAGACUGAUGUCUCAGUGGUGUACACCACUCUCCACAUGGGGCUGGACGAGCUUCUCUCCUCUUCAGCGUGGUCGGAGGCUGCCUCCUUCUCUACGCCCACCACUCAGCACUUCACUGACCCAGAGCCUGAGGGCCACAACUGCUAUGAGGGCUGGGAGAAGGACCUGCUGCCUGAGGAGAGGGAGGUUCCUCUGCUAAACCUCUACCUUACCACCAAGAGAGUGGAGGACAUCGCCCUGAGGCUCGUCUCCCUGCGCCAGGCCUUCACUGACGAGGCCAAGUUCAUAAGUACCUAUAACGACUUUGUGGACUACCUGAGUGACCCCUCCAAGCGGAAUGACAUUGAGAGGGAGCUGGCUGAGGCAAAGAUCCAUCAUAUGAACAUGAUAGAUGUCCUCUUUGAGCUGGUGCUGUUUGGGUUGAUGACAGCUCAGAAGUCCCUGAUGGUGCACCCUGGUGGGUUCGUGGAGCGUCUGUACGCUCUCCUGUACUCCUUCCUGCCCACUGCUGCCAACAUGGAGCCAGAGGCUGACAGAUACCUGCUGCAGCUCAGUGUAAGGGUCUAGGUUACUUCCAUAUUCUUAGUGUACUUCCUUACUCAUGGUUUACAGGGUUUCAAUGCCAUUUUAGGGGGAGUAUUUCUGAUUGUCUCUCUCCUCUUGAUAAGCUAGUAACUCAGAGCCAUUUUCUGUGUGUUGUGUGGUGUUCUCUUCAGGGCGGGCUGAUGGCUCUGCUAGAUGACAUGUUUGGCCAGCAGCUGGCCUGGUACUUUAACCCAGAGUCUCUGGUCACUGAGCUCUCCAGCCUCCUGGAGUACCACUUGGAGAACCUCAUGGCCAGCAUGUAGUCCUACUGCAGGGACCAUACUCCUUUCUCCUUCUCUCUCUCUUUUGAAGGAAUUGAGGACUAAGUGCUUUGUUGAACCCUGAUUAGUUUUUAACACCCAUUAAUUUAAUGUAUUCUCUUGUUUUCUCUCCCCACAGGAUUCUUGUGACACUUUGCCACCCAACAGGGAUCGAGACACCAAUGCACUACAUUACUUUGCAUUGAUUUUUACAUUUUUAAAUAAAAUAAGUUGUAGUUC